CCCCAUCUCGUCUUCUUUUGGCUAGGUAUUGCCCUCUCUCCCUCUCUACAUUCCUCUCGCCCCUGCCACUGCUGCUGUUGGUGUUUGGCGGGAUGGACAAGGGAAAGAGGGCCAAAGUGGAGGAGGAGGAGGGCUCCGAACUGGACGCCGAGUUGGUUCAGGCCAUCGAGAAGUUGCAAGAAGUGCAGGACGAGCUUGAACGGGUGAACGAGGAGGCGAGCGACAAAGUGCUGGAGGUGGAGCAGUUUUACAACGAAAUCCGACGCCCAGUGUACAGCAAGCGGAAUGCCAUCAUCCACAACAUUCCGGACUUCUGGUUGACUGCCUUUCUGAGCCACCCAGUGCUGUGCGACCUCUUGACGGAGGACGAUCAGAAGGUGUUCAAAUACCUGGAAUCGCUGGACGUGGAGGACUUCAAGGAUGUGAAAUCGGGCUACAGCAUCAGCUUUAAUUUUCGAACAAAUCCUUACUUCGAGGAUACGAAGUUGACGAAGGAGUUCAGGUUUUCGGAUGACGGUUCGACGUCCGUGUCGGGCACCCAGCCGAAGUGGAAGGAUGGAAUGAAUCUGACGAACGGCGUGGUAGCUGAGAAAGAAGGGAACAAGAGGGGUCAUCAAACGGAGGACAGGUAUGAGCUCGAAGCAUUGGGUGUUGUGGGUUGGCGUAUGCCGAUGGGUUGGUAUUGUGGGUGUCGGCGGUCGUGA